UUUUCAUACGUACGCAUUGAAACAACAACAGCGUCAAAAGGCUAAAGUGCGUAAAGAAAUAGCUUGCAAAUCAAUCUGUUGCUGACCACUGUGGAAAUAUCGACAUCAGGACAUUUUACUCCUGGGACAGGGUCCAACCAAAUCCAGACAAGAUGAACGUGUUCGAUCGAAGUAUAAAUUUUGAUUCCCUUUUUAAAUUUUCUCAAAUCUCCCACUCCACUCAGCUGCACCUGAAGAAUGUCUACUCCAGCCUGGCCCUGUGCAUGUUUGUGGCUGCAGCUGGAGCCUACGUCCACGUCGUCACCAGGCUCUUCCAGGGUGGGCUGUUGACCAUGCUGGGCUCCCUGGCCAUGAUGGCCUGGCUGGCUAUGACUCCCCACAGCCCUCUGACUGAGAAGAAGAGACUGGCCAUCCUCUCCGGUUUUGCCUUCUUCACAGGUGUUGGUUUGGGCCCAGCCAUGGAUUAUGUCAUCUCUAUUAACCCAAGCAUCAUUGUGACAGCCUUCCUGGGGACCUCCAUAAUCUUUCUGUGCUUCACGCUGAGUGCCCUCUAUGCCCAGCGCAGGAGCUACCUCUUCCUUGGAGGUACUCUGAUGUCCGGACUGUCCAUCCUGCUCCUGGUCUCUUUCCUCAACAUGUUCCUGGGGUCUGUCAUGUUGUUUACGGCUCACGUGUACCUUGGCCUGGCCAUCAUGUGUGGAUUCGUGCUGUUUGACACUCAACUCAUCAUUGAAAAGGCUGAGAUGGGAGACAAAGACUACAUCUGGCAUUCUGUGGAUCUCUUCUUGGACUUUGUGACCAUCUUCAGGAAGCUCAUGGUUAUUCUGGCCAUGAAUGAGAAGCAGGACAACAAGAAGAAGGAGAAGAAGUAAAUGUGGAGGAAUGCAAGCAAAUAAAAUAUCUGUGACCUGGAAUUGCAUCAGGAGUGCUUCUGCUGCAUUCACAUUAAUUGCUUAAUUAUUCUAAAUCAUUAUUUAGACCAUAUUUGAUUUUGUACUUUGAUAUAGUGUCUUAAUUUUUAGGAAUCGAUUGGUUGGAUUUGGAAUUUGGCGUAAGGUUUGAUGUAUUUAAAAGUAGAUGUGAAGGUCCUAGACGUCCCCGUGUUUUUUUUGUUGGUGUUUUCUUAAAGAACUCCCGUUUUGAAGGGAUGGUGUAGUUUUGUGAAGUUAACUAACAGACUUAUUUAGAUAGUUAUUUUUGCGUUGUCAGGUAACGAUUUGAGGAGACAAUUUGUUUGUUCUUUGCUCUUCCAUCUGAUUAAGUAGGAAAUCAAUGCCUCAAAUAAUUUUAAAAGGCCACUUUUUAUAUACCUACUGAUAAAAGUGCAGUAUCCGUUUGGAGUUGUGGGAGGUUGUUAAUUCUGUGAAUGUCCAUUUGGGAAUUCUGCCACUUAACCCCCCCACACCAUUAUUAGUCUCAAUUAUGACAUCACAGGCUUUCAGCGUUGCGAUGAGUAAUGAAGAACAUGAGUUUGUAAGGUGGUCAUUUACAUGGUUUAUCAUUUAUUAGCACAUGACAAAUAUUACUACUGCUAUUACAGUACAAUCCCAUUUUACUGAAGUCAUGCGUUUAACAUUUCCCCUUGACUGAUCAGAGUAAUUUACUGGUUUAAUUUAAGGCAUUGAUUGUCUCAGUGAGGCUGCUCUAACCACAGUCUUUUUAUGUUGUAGGUUGUGCCAUUUAGGGGAUAUUCGUUUUUUUAAUAAGAUGCAAAUGAUAGAGCAGACCAAGCUUUGCAUCUUAAAUGUUAAAUAUCUAGACCUGACAGGACUCAUUAAAACACAAAUGAUUGCUAUAGCAGUUGUAUGAUAUUUGUCAAUGGUAAUUGCUGGUGGUGGUGUUGUCCGCUAUGGUGUCAAGAAAGUGAUGUUUAUGGAUUGACAAGUGUAAUAUAUUUCUUGUCAAGCUUGUUCUCUUUCCCUUACUAACAAAGAUUCAGUGCUUGAAAUAGAGGUGAUCACUAGAACCUGUUUCAUGUAUUGAGGUGAAAUGAAAGAAAUCCCACUAAUCUUCAUGGUAUGCCCAAGGUGCAGGGGUGACAUUUAUUUACAAGGUGCACUUACAGUUUUAAUUAAGUAAUUUCUUGUGACAGGGGUUAUGGGAUUAAUUGAGAAGGUAUGGCAUUUCUGCCAAAUUCAAACCAUUCUAGUCAAUUAACUCAUUGAAUCACAUGGCAUAGCAUCCAGUUACCAGUCAGAACUGGUCCUCAACUACCCAUGUCCUUGGAUAAAGGAUUAGCCAUUACAAAUGUUUCAUCCUCUUCCUUGAUGUUGGGGGAAUCAAGAUGAAGUUAAAUUCACUGUUUCCUUUCUGAUAUGGGUUGUAUUCCUUAGGUUAACCUUAGUUGAAUGACAUUGAACAGAAUCUGGCAGUCAAACAUCCUCUUUGAUAUGCAGCUCAAGGCUUUCUUUUCUUAGUGCCAAUAACAAGUUUACCAAACUAAUCACCUGUUGCUUCUCAACUUGAGGAUUUUACUGUUUAAGAAAUUAAAUAACUGCAUAUCUUAUACUGUGAAAUUUGUUUUGCUUUUACAGGAAUUACUGUUGUAAUUCUGCUACAUUAAUGUAAUUUGUUAAAAUAAAGUUUGAUUAAGUCAA